AUGGAGCACGACACCAAGACCCCCCAAUACCGAACUAGCGAUCCUACCUCGUUUGCUAGCGAGUCUGUUAAGAAGCGAUGGCCUGUCAUUCUGACUCAAGGAAUUGACGAUGUCUACCGUGCAGUUACCAAGACCUCCGACUCCGAGAAGCUAGCAGAGGGCAAGAAGAUUAUCGAGAAGAUGGCUGGCCUCAAGUACGAAGUCGAACACGACCGCAAGCUCACUCCGAUCCCUGACGAUGGCUUCACGGAAGAGAUUGCGACCUACAAUAAGGAGAUUGAGGCUCUCGGCCCUGAUGCUCACUGGUACGAUGUGCCAUGGCUCUUUGUCGAGUGCUAUCUAUAUAGGCGAAUUAGCGCCAUCUUCCGCAUGAGCGAGCACUGGAAGAACUAUGACAUUUUCGCUCGACAGAAGAUGGACACCUUCCGAUCAUCGCGACCCGCCGUCCUCGAGCUCGCCAGUAACUAUAGACAAUUGGUCCAGCAACUUCGCAGCGACAAAGACUCGACACACGACCCUGAAGCCGAGAAGAUGCUUUUCCAAGAGAUGUUUGAGAUCUGCUUGUGGGGUAAUGCGACGGAUUUAUCACUACUCACCAACUUGACUUAUGAGGAUAUUCAAAAGCUACAGGGUGCUGAGGCGCGUAAAGCGGCCGAGAAGAACAUCUUGUGCAAUGAUCUCCCCAAGGCAUACGAGAUCCUCAAGAAGGCGCAGAGUGAGGGUAAGAAAGAGCGCCGUGUCGAUAUCGUUCUCGAUAACGCUGGUUUCGAGCUGUAUGUCGACAUGAUCCUGGCCGGGUACCUUCUCUCGGCCGGUCUCGCUACCCAGGUCGUUCUGCGACCUAAGUCUAUCCCCUGGUUCGUCUCCGAUGUUGUGCCCAGCGAUUUUAGCGGCCUCCUGAACGCUGUCGCCAACCCUCGCGCACUGUACGACACCCCGUCAGAGGAUGAGGAGCUUCAAGGCAAGAAGCCUGAGCCUCUUUCCGAAGAGGGUGAGAAAGACCUCCAUUUCCUCUUCCAGGAGUGGGCUACUUUCCACGCUGAAGGACAACUUGCUCUCCGACCCAACCGAUACUGGACUUAUGGUGGAAGCUUCUGGCGGUUGCCCGCCGAGAACCCCGAGUUGCAUGAGGACCUCAAGUCUGCGGAGCUUGUAAUCUUCAAGGGUGAUCUGAACUACCGAAAGCUCACAGCCGAUGCUGCUUGGCCCCCUACCACACCUUUCACCGAGGCUCUGGGUCCUCUCGGCCCUUCUUCGGGCGUCAAUGUCCUGUCUCUGAGAACCUGUAAGGCCGAUGUUGUUGUUGGACUUCCUGAGGGUAAGGAUGAGGAGUUGAGACAACUUGAGGGUGGCGGCGGUGAUUCAGGUGCCAGGAAAUGGGCCUGGAAUGGCAAAUGGGCAGUUGUCAACCUUUCUCAAGGCCAUUAA